UUUUUUUUUUUUUUUUUUUUUUUACCCCCCAAGGCGGUCUAGGCCAGGUGGACUGGGAGCCGAGGUAACCAGAAGCUGCUGCCAGAGACGAUUCUUCCCCUGCACUUAGAGCUCGCGAGGCGCGUGCAGAGAGAGGGCGCCAGCGGCGGGGCCAGCUGCGUUCUGAACUCGGGCUCUGCUGUCUGAAUCUCUGAGAGCGCGCUCCUGCCAACCUCAGCCCGAAGUCGGCCACCAUGGAGGCGCAGGCACAAGGUUUGUUGGAGACUGAACCAUUGCAAGGAAGAGAUGAAGAUGCAGUAGCCAGUGCCGACUUCUCUAGCAUGCUCUCUGAGGAGGAAAAGCAAGAGUUAAAGGCAGAAUUAGUUCAGCUAGAGGAUGAAAUUACAACACUACGACAAGUUUUAUCGGCGAAAGAGAGGCAUCUGGUUGAGAUAAAACAAAAACUGGGCAUGAACCUGAUGAAUGAAUUAAAACAGAACUUCAGCAAAAGCUGGCAUGACAUGCAGACUACUACUGCCUACAAGAAGACACACGAAACCCUGAGCCACGCAGGGCAGAAGGCAACUGCUGCAUUCAGCAAUGUUGGGACAGCCAUCAGCAAGAAGUUUGGAGACAUGAGGUCUCACUCCAUUGGCUACUCCAUCCGCCAUUCCAUAAGUAUGCCUGCUAUGAGGAAUUCUCCUACUUUCAAAUCAUUUGAGGAGAGGGUUGAGACAACUGUCACAAGUCUUAAGACGAAAGUAGGCGGGACGAACAACAGCGGAGGCAGCUUUGAAGAGGUACUCAGCUCCACGGCCCACGCCAGCGCGCAGAGCUCAGCGAGCGGCCCCCGGCGGGCAGAGGAGGAACUGCAGUGCUAAGGCUGCCAGCCGGCCCCAGUCUGCAGAAGCCAUUGCCCCACGCACACCGGGUAUGAAGACCAAAAUGCCACUGAGAAAAUGCAGGCCUUGACCUUCAAAUAGGCUCUCCACAAAGUUUAAUAAAAUGGUUUCCACUUUUAUUUGUGUGGAUAAUGGACCACUUGACCACACUCUUCAGUAUUCACAGAUCAUCCGUCAUCUUUUAAAAUGUCCUGAUUUGAGCGGGUACACAUUUGGUCAUGACCCUUCUCUGUGUGUAAUUCAAACUUAUUUUCCAGACAUGAGCUAUUAAUUACUUGCUGUGAUUUUUGCUUGGGCGCCGUUACCAUGUGCAUGUCUUUGAAGGCUGAACGAGCACCCCUUUUCCCUUCAGUCAGUCCUCUGGAGUCCGUCUGUCCUCCAGCAACGGGAUGACACCUGGAAAUUUCACCAAACUGCUUGCAGUCCCCCUCACCUACAUCAGUUACAUCUGUUAUUUAAGCAAUUAAAAUAACUGACUUUAAUGAUGACUUUAAGUUCUCUUAAUUUCUUUAAGUCUUCAGGGAUAUUUAUGACCUUAAAAGGUGGUAGCUGUAAUUCCACAGACACUAUUUUAAAUGAACUUCUGCUAAUCUGGUGAACAUGAAAGAGGAUAUGUAAGUAUAACCUCAGCUACUUUGGGAUGCUAAAACAAUCUUCAAUUCUAAAAUUCUCUCUAAUCUACAUACAGUAGUAAUUAACUCAGGUUAACUGCUAAAUACGUAAGGGAUAUCAGCAAAGGGAAUACAGUAGCUAGAAAAUGGGAGAAUCCAAAGUGUGGAACCCUUAAAGUUUGCAAAAUCGCUCACAUGAAUGAAAAAGGCAUCAUGUUAACAUAAUCAGAUUUCUUCAGUAACUUUUAACUUCCACAUUAUAUGCUUCUCUUUUCUUCUAAAUGGGUAACAGAGAUACAUCCCAUACAUUCAUUUUUUAAAUGCACACAGACUCUUCUAACAAAAAACCCAAUUUAGGUACCUAUUUAAAUAUAUGUAUCUGUAACAUAUAAUUCAUGUAAUACACAUGUAGCCUAUAUAUAGUAUAUUUACUGUUCAUAUUUUUAGAUUUAUUAAGUAGAAGUGGACAUAGUGAAAUAAAACCAAUCUGAAAAAUUCUAUUCUAAUUAAUGAAACAGGACGAUCUGUAUGCCUGAUGGAAAAUCGAGUUGGUUCAGGGCCACAUAAUCUCUCAGGCCAGGACUCUUAGCAGACACAGGUAUGGGUCCGUAAACUUGUGCCAGAGUGGGUAAAUGUGAGCAGAGAAGCCCUGCCAGUAGGAUCACUGGUGUUCUCCUUGAUUUAUCCUUCUAGUCUGUUGGUGGAAGCCAAACCACAUCCCACUGGCUUGUGACCGUGUUGCUCAUCCCCUGGUGCAUGUGGGCACUCCUCUCUGCCCAUCUGCAGUUGCCUAGUGUGUUUGAAAUGGUCAUCUUUUGUAAACUCACCACCACUUUUUUUUUUACCACAUUCAGGAUACUGCAUUGUCUUGUAGAAAAAGCAGAAUUAUGGUACUGUAAGCAAAUAUCUUCAUUCACCAACCGAUAUCUGCACACAGUGGUCUCAGACUCGCAAUCAGAAAACACAGUAUCAAAACUGGAUAAGAAAACAAUCAAGAAUGUUAGUGUUGAUGCCUCAGAGCUGCAAAUAUAUUUAGCAAUUUAUUUAAGCCACAUUCUUCAUCAGUUUUGUACAAGCUAUAUACAUGGCACCUCUAUUAAUUGAGAAGUUUUCAAUUAUUCACACUGUUAUCUGUAGAAAUUGGACUCUUACACAAGUUUGCAAGGAAAGUAUCCCAAGGACCCACGCAUGGGAAGUUGUGGUGUGGCAAAAUCUGAGUGGAAAUAGAAGCUGCCCCCUGGGUUCCCAAUGUCCCACCUCCUUCCAUCCCAGCAUGGAAAAAGUCCAACCAUGUCUUCAGCAAGGCCAAAACAAAAGCCAAGCCCCCAAGUUUCUGUUUCAUAUUGAAGCUCAGUCCUUUGGAGCCCACGCAUUCCGCCACCGCCCCAGUAGCUGCUACAUCAGAAUGGUCGUAUGCUCCCAGGCAAGAGAAAGUGUGUGAAUGUGUUACAGAGAGGGAAAACUUGUUUCCCUGGUAUUAUAUUUGCUUGAGUUUGGGGUAGACUAGGUGCUGCUUCAGAAUAACCAAUGAAUUUUCUAAGCUUUGUGUGCUUUCUGUGGGGUCCACCUCCCAACCAAUCCCUUUUUCCCCCAGGGCUAGACUGACAGGCCUCCUUGGUUAAGCACCUUCCUCUAAGCCCUCCAACAAACAGUACCAGAGUGGGGGCAAAGGGAUGGGUGUUAUCCCCUGGGUGGAGUAGUGCUGUGAUCCCUGGGGUGUGAAGCUGUAGCUUCCUGGUAAAUAAACUAGGCUUGUGCUCCUAGUAUAUUAAGCUUGAUAUCCAAUUCCCUUUGCUGUCUUUCCUUUAUUAACAUCUAGCUAACUACAUACAGUAAUAACUCUGAUCUGGGAAUGAUAUAACAGCUAUGACAUGAGUAAUCUUUUUUCAUUUUGUGUAUGAACGAGCCACAUCAUUGAUUAGAAAAAUCAAAUCACUUCCCAGUAGGUAGGUAGUCUUAGGCUAGAGGUUUCAUUUCCUCACUGCCUGAUCACUCAAGAACUGCCUGUCUCUCCCUCACUUGCAUGUACAAGUUCACAUACAGUAAGUUAAAGUGCUCCUCAAGUGAUAAAGCAUUUGCAUGCAGUGGAUAUAGUGUUUUACUAGCAAACCAAAAUUUCUGGUCAGGACCAUGUAUACAAAAUACCACAACAAAAGAUGUACACUAGUCUCCUUAUUCCCAGUUUCUCUUUCUGCAGGUUCAGUUACCUGCAACCGACCUCAGUCCA